AUGGCCGAGAGGCAAGCUGCCCGGCUCCUGCGCCCGUGGCUUCUGUCGUCGACGGCCUCCCUGCGACCACUCAUGACGCCUGCGCGCAUUCUCUCACAGAAGACCCAGCCGGCCGCCUCGGUCUGCCGCCACUUCAGCGUCCAGACCCCUGCCAGGAGGAAAUACGACACGACGGUCAAGCGCCGCGGUGCCGGCGGCGGCGACAAGCCACUACCCAUCGACCUGGACAACGUGUCGAUCCUGAUCCCCAUGACCUUCGUCGCCCCGCCGCUGCGCCGCUGGCCGCGCGACUCGCCCGUCAAGUUCGCCCAGAUGGCCUACGCCGUCGCCAAGAACAAGCUCAUGAACUGGCUCUACAUGAAGCUGCACAAGAUCUACAGCAAGCCCUCGUGGCGGACGCGCGCCCUGUUCAAGCCCAAGAAGGCCGCCAUCGUGCCCACCGCCCGCGACCUGCACGCCCGCAUGAACGCCGCCAUCGCUCGCGGAGACAAGGACGAGCUACGCCGCGUCUGCACCCAGGAGCUGUACCAGAAGCUGGCCGGCGUCGUCGACGCCCGCCCCCGCGGCCAGAGCAUGCGCUGGGAGCUGGUCAGCCCGCCCCGCGCCCGCCUGACCGACGACAAGAUCGCCAUGAUGCCCCUGACCCAGGCCGAGAGCCGCACCAUCCGCCAGGCCAUCGUCACCAUCUCCAGCACCCAGCGCGUCUCCAAGGUCGACAACGCCCACGGCGGCCUCGAGGUCCCCGGCUCCGUCAAGACCAAGGACAUGGUUGAACACCUGGUCCUGACCGCCUUCCUGGAUGACAAGACCUGGCAGUCGGCCCCCUGGAAGAUCUGGGGUACCCUGCCCGAGACCACGCUGGAGGGCUACCAAGAGGAGGUGCAGGCCUAUGAAGCCAUGUCGACCGAGCAAAAUUCGAAAUAG